UGAAUUUCAGCAGAACGUUCUAGAAUUAACGCGCCUCCACUUGUUUACUUUAUAAUUUAAUCGCCCUGCGUGUGAUUAACGGUUUCUAAAUUAAAUUGUUUAAACGCUUCUUAUCAUGAUUGAAAUCGAGGAUCCUUCAGAAAAACACGAAAAAUCAGCUGGGAUGGAGGUCAGUGAAAUACUUCUCUCCGUCCGGAUGAACCGCAGAAAAUUUCCCAGCAAGUUGUGGCAUUUGGUGAAUGAUCCCCAGAUUUGCUCAAUCUGCUGGGAUGACAGUGGGGAAGGAAUACUGAUCUGUCAGGAAGCCUUCGAAGCUGAAGUGCUAUCUACAGCUGACAAGCAGAUGAACAAGUAUUUCAAAACGACAGGUUUCAUCAGUUUUGUUCGCCAGCUAAACCUGUAUGGAUUCAGAAAAGUGCACCCAGAUUAUGAGACCUUAUUGAAGAAAGACGGCACCAUACAUCACUUUUGCAACCCACACUUCAAACGAACUAACCCAGAGCUUCUGGUCAACCUAAAGAGACUCACUCCUUCCUACAAGGCCAAGCUUGCAGCUGGGAUAGAAGAGUCCAACCAGUCAAGACGUUUCGAUUAUCUGAUGCUGAAGUCACCAGAGAACUCUACUGUAGUCGGCACAGAUUUAGUUGAGCAUCAGGGAACUCCUCACCUGUACUCUCAGCAGGUAAAGGGGUUCGAAACAACACCCCAAACCUCACAGGCACUUGUAACAGGUCAUGAUGAUACAAGCUCAGAGUCCUGUGACCUCCAGAUGGAUUUUCCAGGUGCACCUCCAUCUAGCCCAAUGCAACAGGGCUCACACUAUGCAGUGCCUGAUGGGAAUUUAGGUGCCUUCAUACCUAAUUACCUGCAAUGCAGAUUUUACAAAGCAGGAGAAUAUACAUGCUGUAUUCCGGGCUCCUUGGAUUCAAACACGUCAUGCUCCCAACAGGAAAUUGACUCCUUUGCUCAUUGUGGCUAUUUUCCUGAUGACUCAUUUAGCCACCUCCUGUACACUGGCCAGGAUCCAAACUGGCAAGCAGGUGUUGCUCCAGAUCCCAAGAAGAGUCACAUGAACUUGGGCACUGUAUUCAACGUGGACGAUGAUGCGCAGGACUCCUUAGUUAGCUAUCUCCAUUGCACUAAUCAGGAUCAAAACUGGCAAGCAGGUGAUGCUCCAGAUCCCAGGAAGAGUCACACAAACCUGGGCACUGUAUUCAGCGUGGAUGAUGAAGCGCAGGACUCCUUAGUCAGCUAUCUCCAUUGCACUGAUCAGGAUCAAAACUGGCAAGCAGGUGAUGCUCCAGAUCCCAGGAAGAGUCAUCUGCACCUAGACACUGUAUUCAACAUGGACGAUGAAGUGCAGGACUUCUUAGUUGGCUAUCUCCAUUGCACUGAUCAGGAUCCAAACUGGCAAUCAGCUGAGGGUUCAGAUCCCAGGAACAGUCACAUGUACCUGGGCACUGUAAUCAAAACUGAUGAUGAAAUGCAGGUUGCUGCUUUUAUCACUCUGCCUACCAAUGAGAAGUCACGUGGGAACACAGAUAAUUAUUAAAGCCAUCUUUAGUAUUUCCUGAAUAAUUUCUUUAAUAAAAAGAUGUAUUGUAUAGGCAUUUA